AUGGCGCCUCGUCGAUCUACGGCCAGAGGCUUAAGUGCGACGCCAGUACGUGCAGAUUCACCGGCAAAGCGGUCGACUCGUGCGGGCAGUGCCGCGGCGACAGAGGACGCCAUCCCACGUCGGGUCACUCGGGGGACUUCUCAACAGCCUAACGUCGCAGAUGGCGUUGUCAACAAUCCGAGACUGCCCGAGGUCCAGAUCCAGCAGUCUUAUGCCUAUGGAUCGAGCAAAACUCCCGUGCUACCCAACCAGUUGGUCGCGCGAAGUAGGAUGAAUCUCAAGGAGAUGGCCGAAACGAUCGACGCUGGCGUCGAACAGGCGCAGCAACAUCUUCGGAACCAUAUCGAAGAAACCCAUGCAAAUCUACAGAAGGACUCUCGGGCCGAAAGGGCUCGACGAAGAGCUUCUCGCGAACACUCGCGGGAAGCCUCGGUGGCGAGUGAUGAUGCCGAGCAACAGCGGACACAGCGAGUAGCAGCGUGGGCCAGUGGUUUGGACGAUGACCGACUAAACGGCAUACCAGAAGAAGGUCAAGAAGCAGAGGAAGUUGAAGGUGAAUAUGCGGACACUGGCAUGGACAACGAGAGCGCCGCUCGGAGCACCCCUGAUGAUGAUACCAACAAGGAGACAGACCCCUCCAGCUUUCCAAGCGGGAUAUUUGAUCACAGCUACAAUUAUGAGCGGGGCCUUCGGAAACCCAACAUCACGAUACGAGAACGACAAGACCCGUGGUUUCGAAAAGCGUGGAAUAGCAGAAAAGAUACUGUGCAACGAAUUUGGCAGACUUCCUCGGACGUUUUGUCUUCGAUAUCGGACUGGUCGGUGCGGUUAUUGCAGGUCAGUGGCAGAGCGAUAAGAGAUCUCCCGAAUUCGCCUCUCGUCCCCAUCAUGACGAGCAUUCUUUUCGCAUUACUGUUUGUCGGUGGGGCGAGCUUCCUCUUAUGUUACACCUACACUAAUUUUGCGUGCGACCCUCUAUCGACUUCCACCACCGGGUUGACUCUUCAGAAGCUCUGCGGAACAUGUACGCGGAGCCCGAGCGCAGCUUCUCUCAACCUCACAGCCAAUGGGAAUGAUUUGUCAAAGCUCACAGCAGCAAUAAACAACAUCAACCAACAACUUCGACUUCUUGAGACACGGCUGACAGACAAGCUCGACACACAGACAGCGGCAAUGGACAAGGACAUCGAGGCUCUCAAAAGACAGCAUUCAGAGCUGUCAAGCCAUAUGGCUGGAUUGAGGCUGGGCGGCGGGUCGGGAGCCUUCUCUGGCGACGUUCCCUCCCCUGUCAUCCCGAAAAUCAACUACUUCGCACCAAACAACGGAGCCAUGGUUGAGCCACGACUGACUUCACCGACAAUGCAAAAGCCACUGACACUUGCGCACCGAGUGCUGCUACGAAUGCUCCUGGCGACGCGGUACGUUAGCAAGCCGCCCAUUACAGCUCUCGCUCCCUGGCAAGAUGUGGGCGACUGCUGGUGCGCUUCGGCUGUUCAAAGCGGCGGCCUAGGCCACGAGGAUGACGUGAUGAGACUAGGUGUGAGGGUGACGGAAAUGAUCUAUCCCACGGAAGUAGUUUUAGAGAACUACCCCAGCGCCGGCUCUUUGUCGCCAGGGUCGACACCCAAAACGCUCGAGCUGUGGGCCGAUUUUGAACAUCUGGACAGUUUGGAGUGGGACAAAUUGAACAUCAGGUCAAUGCAAGGGGUGAUGGGGAGUCCCUUUGGACCCAGCUAUGCACUGAUUGGAAGAAUGGAAUACGACGCCUCGAGCGAAGCCAGUCAUGUCCAGGCCUUUCCGCUGGACGUGAACCAGGCCUCGGGCUCGUCGUUAGCAUACGCGGCACAGAAUUUCGUGCUGAGGGUGACGGAAAACUAUGGCGCCGAGUUUGCGUGUUUGUACAGGGUGAGACUGCAUGGCGUUCCGGUUUUCGGGCACGGACAGGAAGACGACUCGGAAGGCUAA